AUGAAAACAAAAACAGUGACACAAAUUGUUACAAAAAUAGAAAAAGAAACAGAUUUGCAAACAGUUAUUGAAACAAAAAUUAACACUUCAACUGAAACCUACACUUCAACUACAAUCAAAACAAUUAAUAAUAACUUGUUUAUGUCUAAGUCACAAAAAGAGGUUGAUACUUCCACUGUUGCAUAUGGAAACACUCAAACAUUUAUUCCUACAACUACUGUUUAUUCAUCAACUGUUACAGAAGUGUAUACUAUGGUACAAGAGCCAAAAUUAACAAACACUAUUGUAAAAGUUCCAACUUCAACAUUGAAUGGAUUGUUUUUGAAGAGAACUGACACUUACAUUGUAAAAGAAACGGAAACAAAAGUAAACUCUUAUCAGAAAACAACUCUUUACUUUGAUUCUGAAACUUCAACAGUUAUCUAUAAUUUACAAGAUACCGAAACAUAUUAUGUAAAUGCAGGAAAAACAAUUUCUUAUUCUUAUUCAAUCGAAGAGAAGCCAAGUGCUGAAACAACAACAAAAUCAACUGUUAAUUCCGAAAACACUGAUUUGAUGACAUUCACUAAAUCAGAAACGAAAACAUUUGAUGAAACAUUAACUGAUGUUGUCAAAUACCAACAGCAAAAAAUGAAUGUGUCUAUAUAUACAAUUAUUACAACAUCAAGUACAAUUUAUACAAGUACUUAUACUUCGUUUAAUAAUUCAUAUGUUUACACAUACACAAGCACUGAUUUCUACACAGAAACAAUUGUUGGACCUUCAGGAGAAUAUAAUUCAUAUUCGGCAACAAUCGAAAAAGAAAUGGCAAGUACAGAAUUUACAACUUAUGUUUAUACAAGUGUUUAUGAUAAAACUUAUAGUUACUCAGAGACAAAUGUCAAAGUUACCACAACAACAGGAGAUGAUCUAAAAACUACCACAAUUAUUUAUCAGCCAACGCAAGCAAAAUCAGGAGAUGUGAUUUCAAGUUUGACUUACACUCAGUCAGAAGUUUACACAAAUUUGGGAAAUUCUGUGACGUAUACAUUAACAGAAACAAAAACAAUUACAACAAAAGUCAUUGAAAAAGACACUUUCACGACAUACGCAACUAAAACAGAGACAACAACAAGUUGGAUCACAACAAUGACAAAUGAAAAAACUUAUACAAAGAAUAAAGUUUUCAUUGAAAAAACAACAAGUUCUGCAUCAACAACUUCUUCUUCUACGACCUCAUCUGAUGAUAUUUAUACUAUUUCUCAGAUUGAAACACAAAAAUCUACCUGGACAUAUACAAAUGUGCAAACAAUACAAAA